AACCCUUUUCCUCCUCCACCUACUUCAAUUGUUCCCAUAAAUCUGGUAACAGAGAAAACUCCCCAGCUAAAGGCGGAUAAGACUUCAUACUGCUCACAAUACUCUAUAUAUUGGGAUCGUCAGAACAGUCAAGGCUACCUCACAGUGCUCUCACCUGGCUGCCCACUUUCCCCCUUUCUCUUGAUCCUUUAAAGCUUCAGACUUCCUUGCCUUCCGAGUCAUGGAGAAAGUCCAAUACCUCACUCGCUCUGCUAUAAGAAGAGCUUCCACCAUUGAGAUGCCUCAACAAGCACGUCAAAAUCUCCAGAACCUAUUCAUCAACUUCUGUCUCAUCUUGAUAUGCCUCUUGCUGAUCUGCAUCAUCGUGAUGCUUAUCUGAAGUGCUGCCGCCAUGUCCAGUGCUGCAACCUGUCCCCACCAGCUAACGUCUGUCGCCCAUGGAGAGGGGGAAAGAGACCACUUCCCAGGAAGAGGAAAUUCUUCAUGAAAAGAUCAAGGUUCAGAAGAAAUGAUUAGCAAAUGUAUUCAUCUGCUGGAUCUUGUAAACAUGAAAAAAGGCUCUAUUUUCAAAAUUAACUUUAAAAUGACUAUAAGUAUGCAUAAGGUAACUGUUGGUUUCUACAACAGAGCUUAUAAGUUUCAAUCCCAAAUCUUUUCUGAGGAUGAACUAGGAGUUUAGUUUUGAAACUGUACUGUUAACAAGUCACUUUAUAUAUAUAAAACAUUCACUUCACUGUUUGGAGUAAAUAUAAUUUAUAUUGUACUGUAAAAGCCUCUUUUAUGUUUAUUAAGUAUUUUUCAGAUCUUCACCAAGUACCAAAAUAAUCACUCCAAUGACAUGUCAUUUUUUCAAAUAGCCCACUGAUUCCUCACUUUUUCUUUAUUAUUAUACAGAUGUCUCUUCAGUAACUAUCAUAACCUCCAUUCUAAAAUAGAAAUUGCAUUAAUUUCCUAUACUUACCUUAACAUUGUUUGAAGUUCAUGAGAAUCAAGUAGGAAAAAGACCAUACUAUUACAUAAAUAAAAUUUCUCUUAACUAUGUUUUAAAGAAUUAUAGAAUGCUAGUACAUGUAGAUAACCAUAAGUUUAUUUUCUCUAGGAUAUUAUGAUAAAUAAAGGAGAAGUGCUGGUUAAUUUAACUGCUGAUAAUGUGAUUAGCCAUAAUUACUACACUAAUAGAGUCUAACCUUAAUUUAUGGCAUUGUAGUUGAUUAUCUGUGUUACAGUAUAUAAACUGCUAUACUCUAUCUUUGGAAUCAUGAAAUCUUAAGACUUUAUAUUUUAUAAGUUGUCUUCUAUCCUAAUACUCAAUGUAGGCAAACAAAAGAAAAGAAAAAUAUAACAUUUCAAGUAUUGAAA